GAUCUCCCCGACCGCCGCCCCUCGUCCCAGCGGUGGCCACCCGCGCCAUGCAUCCUUCUUCUCCUCCUCCUCCUGCCCCUUCGAGGUGCUAAGUCAGUCUCAUGCUGCUGCUGCUCCGGAGGCUGCUGCUGGUCGCAGCCUUCUUGCUGCUGCCGGUCCGGGGCUGGACCUCUGCCGCUGGGGGGCAGGACGAAGCGGGCCUCUUCCUGCCUCCACUCAACGCCUCCUCCUCGCCGUCGCCCUCCGAUUCCAAAACCACCUCCAGGGCCAUGGAGCUUGACCUGGAGGCGCCCCAGGUUGACGAGGACGCGGAAGACCCGGGAGAACCGGGAGACCCAGGUGGCCAAGAAGCCGCGGAGAGAAGCCACGCGGCCCCGUCGUCGGACCCCAACUCGACCGCUUCCCCAGCUGCCUCCUCGGCCACCUCCUCGGGAGCCUCCCCGGAUGACUCCUCGACCCGGCCUGCCGCCGCCUCGCCCCUGCCCGCCGUCGCCCGCGCCCCGGCGCACCAGGAGCAGCAGAGGGGUCCGGAGGCGGCGGAGUGGGGCGGUGGGCACCACGACGACGAGCAGCAGCAGGCGCCUCAGCAGGAGCAGCAGCAGCCGCAGCAGCAGCAUCAGCACGAGGAGGCGCACUGCAACAUCAGUGUGCAGCGUCAGAUGUUGAGCUCCCUGCUGGUCCGCUGGAGCCGGCCCCUGGGCAUCCAGUGCGACCUGCUGCUCUUCUCCACCAACGGCCACGGCCGCGCCUUCUUCUCGGCCGCCUUCCACCGGGUGGGCCCGCCACUCCUCAUCGAACACCUGGGGCUGGCGGCCGGGGGUGCCCAGCAGGACCUGCGCCUCUGUGUGGGCUGCGGCUGGGUCCGGGGUCGCCGGCUGGGCCGCCUGCGGGGGGGGGCUGCGGCUGCCGCUGCCGCGGCUGCGGCGGCGGCGGCGGCGGCGGCUGCCGCUGCGGCGGCCACCAGCCCCGGCCCCGGCCCCGGUCCCGGCCCGGCCUCGGCCUCCGCCUCCUCCUCCGCAUCCGCCGCCGCCGCCGCUUCUUCGGCUGCUGCUGCAGCUUCUGCAUCGCUGCCCUCCUACCCCGCGGCCGAGCCGGGCCAGCUCUGGUGGCAGGGGGAGCCGCUGAAUUUCUGCUGCCUGGAUUUCAGCCUCGAGGAGCUCAAGGGCGAGCCCGGCUGGCGGCUGAACCGCAAGCCCAUCGAGUCCACGCUGGUGGCCUGCUUCAUGACCCUGGUCAUCAUAGUGUGGAGCGUGGCCGCCCUCAUCUGGCCGGUGCCCAUCAUCGCCGGCUUCCUCCCCAACGGCAUGGAGCAGCGGAGGACCGCCGCCAGCAGUGGCGGCGGCGGCGGCGGCGGCGGUGGCGGCGGCGGCAGCGGAGGGACCGGCGGCGGCGGCGGGAGCGGGGCCGGCGGGGGCGGGGCCGCCCCCUCCUCCUCCUCCUCCUCCGCGGCAGCGGCAGCGGCGGCCGUCACAUCUGGAACCGCUGCGGCCGCCGCCGCCGCCGCCGCCGCGGCAGCCGCUGCCGUCACAUCGGGCACCGGGGCCAAGUAGCCCACCGGGGUCCACCCCCCGCGACUUCCCCGAAUCUCCCCAGCCGCGACUCCCCGCCACCUCUCGGGACCCUUGCCUUCCCACUUCCAGCGUGGCGGGGCUGCGGCUCCUCUCCUCCCAGCUCUUCUUCGUCCUCCUCCUCCUCCUCUUCCUCCUCCUCCUCCCUCUCCCUCCUCCUCUCCCUCCUCCCUCCUCCUCCUUCCUCUUCUCCUUUGACUCUGUGUUUGUUGUCUCUUGGGUGACUCACCCGGUGGUAUACUCGACAGGUUUUAUUCGUGCUGUAGCUACCAUUAAUUGUUCUUCUUUUGGGGGGGGAGUGGGGGGUGGUGGGCAAGAGACGGCCGACGGCCGUGGCUAAUGCUAAAGAAACGCUCGGGGCCACAUCCUAAACGUUUGCAAGCCUAAUUCAAGUUCACGGAGCAAAGCGACAUGAAAAGCACCUGUAAAGGGGGAUAGGGAUGGUACUGGGCAUCUUUCACGAUUCCUUCCUUAGGUUUCCCAAGCAAUGCAUACCCUCCUCCCCUCCCCACCCCAUCCCCAUGCACCCAACAUUCAUAGCAGAAAAAUGACCAAAUCCUGUGUAUUUGUUUUAUAUAUUUAAUAACUUUCAAAGAAACAUUUUAGUAAAACACACACACACACACAGGCCAAACUGCAGUCAUUGUAGUAAGAGUAGCUCUUUGUAUAUGCCCACAGAUGUAUUUGCAGUGUUUGGGUUUUUGUUUUGUUUUUUAAUUUACAAAGGGGGGGGGAGAGGUUGCAAGCUGGAUUUAAAAUUGAUAUAUUGUUACUGAGGAUACUGGACUUUAAUGAAUCUUCUUUCAAGUCGAUUUACCUAAUGAAGCCUUCUCUUGUGUAUUUCUUCUUGUAGUUCUGUGUUUCUUGGCUUUUAAUACAGACAUUUUCCUCCAGAAAUA